AUGGUUGAACCACAGGCAGAAAUCCAAGCGCCACAAAUGGCCCAGACGCCACAAAUAUUUAUAGCGCCAUCGAAUUUGCCACCGCCAAAGUCGCUUAUAUUCGACGAUAACUUGGCAACUACAUGGAAGUCUUGGAAGAAAUCAUGGACACGGUACGAGAUUGCAACAGGUGUACAAAAACAAGAAGGUAUUGUCAGAGUAUCAACCUUGUUAAGCGUAAUCGGCGAGGACGGUGUUAAGGCAUAUGACACUUUUACUUGGAGCGAAGAUGAAAAUCAAAAUGAUGUUGAUAUUGUACUUAAAAAAUUUGAUGAAUAUUGUUCACCGAGAACUCAAAUAAUCUAUGAACGAUACCGUUUCAACAAUAGAAACCAGGCACCUGGAGAAAACAUCGCAACCUACCUAACGGAACUGAGAACAAUCGCCAGAAAUUGUGCACAUGACUCGAUUACACCAGACGAAAUUUUACGGGAUCGUCUUGUUUUAGGCAUUCGUGAUGACCACGUCCGAGAACGUUUAUUGAGGCUAAACGAUCUCACGUUACAGAAGGCAGUCGACACUAUCAAAGCCGCGGAACAAACACAGCAGCAAGUCAAGCUCAUGAGCACCGGAGAAGAUUUUGUAAACACGCUAAGGAGAACACAACAAGAAGACGCCGGUAUAGAAAGUAAACAAUAUCGAAAGACAAAACCGCCGAGAUAUUCAAUGCGAAACCGCCAGCAGGAAGGAUUGUUUACAGAGUGUGGAAAUUGUGGUAUGGUUCACGACGAACGGAAUUGUCCAGCGUUCGGGAAAAAGUGUUUUAAAUGUGAAAAGAUGAAUCAUUUCGCGCGGAAAUGCCGAGGAAAAAAUAGCAAAGCACCACAAGUCAACCAAACUACGGAAGUCGAGCAAAAACCGGAAGAAGAUCUUUACUGCAUCAGUUCUAUUUCUGACAGCAACGAGCCCAAAGCACGCAAAGCUGUGAUCAAUUUGCAAGUGUCGAAGCCAGAGGCGGAGAACACGGUUCAAUUCCAGAUAGACACUGGGUCGCAAUGUGACAUUCUCCCAGCAAGUUCAUACAUACAAGUUACUGGUGACAAACAACUGCAAGGCCUAAAGACCUGCAAGAAGGAGAUCGUUUCGUACACAGGAGAACAUCGUAAAAUCACCGGAAGAGCCAAAUUGCCGGUGUGGUUCGGAGAUCAGCAAAGAACAUUGAACUUUAACAUUAUUCACGGAGAUUAUCAACCAGUUUUAUCAUUAGAUACAAGCAUCGCUCUUGGCGUUGUCAAUUUGACCAACUGUGACAUUUUGGCACUGACAAUAAAGCCUCCAGAAGACAACUCGUAUGUUGCAGAAGAGUAUGCCGACGUUUUUGAUGGCCUGGGCGAGAUACCAGGAGCUCACACGAUAACUAUAGAAGAUACGGCGAAGCCAGUUAUCCAUGCCCCUCGACGUGUUCCAGUCGCAUUACGAUCUCAAAUAAAAGCCAAACUAGAUGA